AUGUCAUCGUUUAUUAGUCAUACUUAUAUUCCAAGUGAAAUUAUAACAAAAUCUAGUAGCAGUGCUAGUCAUAUGGCUCCGAACCGAAUUUAUAUGUGUAAAUUUAUUCAUGAAAUAUUGUCAUUAACUGAUCAUGAAAUAGAAAGAUUAAUUCAAAGUGAUAAUUUUCAUUCAUUACACAAUGGUAUCCAAAAAUUUUUUUAUGAAAAUAAAAAUUCAAAAGAAAAUGAAAUAAAUCAUUUAUUUGAAGAUUUUUUACACAAACGAAAUUUUAAUUAUAUUCAUGAUACGUGUUCAUAUAAUGAUAAAAUAUUUGUUGAUUUAUUUUCUAAUUUAAAACCGGAUAUGUCUUGGAUUUGUACUGCUGGUUCACGACUUAAUGAUUAUUCAAGUUCCAGUUAUCUCAAUUCUAUAUUACGUUAUUCACCAGGUCGAAAAUUUAUUAUAGGUUGCUUAACCAACUUUGAAGAAACAAUGUUAAUCAAAGUUUUAUAUGAUGACACAAUAAAUCAAAUCAAGUAUAUUAAACAAGCUACAGUUACACAACUUACCGGUUUACAAAUAUUAACAUUAUUUUUAAGUUUAACAGAUGCUCAAUUAGGUUAUAAUGAAAAAUUUAUAAAUAUAUUUUCAAAUAAAAAAAUAGUAUUUUUACAUUAUUUGGGACGAGGUAGUUCUUCGUUUGUGUUUUAUUGUGAAUCUCAACAAGAACCAUGGACAAAAUUUGUGUUAAAAAUCUCAAGACAAAAUUGUAUGAAAGAAAAAUUUAUAAUUGAAGAAAUGAACAAAAUAAAACAAAAAAAUAUGAAUUUAAUUCAAUGUUUGGAUAUGAAUUUUGAUGAUGAUUAUGCUGAUUAUUUAAUUACAUUCAAUUUACUUGGAGUUAAACUUGAUAAAUUAUUCUUACAACGUUUUUUAGAUGAUACACAAUUAUUAAUCAAUACUUGGCAACAAAUUCAUUUAUGUAAGUACAUGAUCAUUGAAAAUAUGUCAUUUAUAUAA